GAACAUCACCAGGAUGUUGUUUUUUUCCACCCUGCGUGUCAUAGCUGUUAAUCGCAUAGAUUUCGUUUCCACACGCUGAAGUAGUGGUAGUAUAACCUUGUUUGCAAAGCUUUAAUAGUCGACACAACUUCGGACAGCAACAUGCAAGCAGCUAUGGAAAUAUCGGCAAAGUACUGUUAUAAAGAACUGGAGACAUAUGGGUCGUGCGUUGCCUCAAAUCCCACAUCAUGGCAACACAAGUGCCAUGACCUAAAGACGAAGGUUUCGCAAUGUACAUCGUCGCAUCCGGUGAUCCAGAAGAUCAAGGAAGACUGUUCAACAGAAUUCGGGAAAUUUGAGCAGUGUCUGAAAGAAAACCAGAGCACACCUACCACCUGUGCAGCCCACGUGACCCGCUUUCUGGGCUGUGCAGACUCUGUUGACCUCAGCACCGUGGCAUCCGAUUCAGCUCCUGAGUGAUCGUAGGAUUCAGCAACUUCCAUCGUCGGAUAAAACCCCUGGCUAUCAGCAGCAUACACAAGCUGGAUUUGGAUGCGUCAACUGUGUAAUUGUGUAUAUAUAGAGUGUUAAAUAUAUAUUCAUUUCACUGUGACCUACUGAUAUCAACUGUAAAAAGUAACAAUGCUCCAACACUGUAAAUUAUAGCCUUCGAGUGGGUCCCGUAAUAAGGGUCCUUAUCUGAAUACAAUUUAUAUUUGUCUUUGAAUUAAAAAAAAAAAGAGUCAGGUUUGCAAUGUUUCAAAUUUUCCAAUUUUACUAAACUGAUAUUAGGUUUCUAUUACUCAUUUGGAACUAUAA